CCUAUAGCAGUUCUCCUGGUCAGACGGGUCGGUGGAGUCCAGGAGCGAUGGCGGCGCUGUGUGGAUUGUUUUGAGCCAACUUGCUGAAUCUAACGUUAUGCGAUUUUAAGUCGGGUCGCAAUUGAGGAGUUAGACUGGGACAAUUUGGAAUGCUAUGAGAAGACAGCAGAUUUCGUCGGGAAACAGUUGAAACAACUUUUUGUGAAACUCUUGUCGUUUAUUUUAACCUGUCAAUGACCCUACAGGUUGCUUAAACUUUUUAAAAAGUGUGUGAACUAACGUUAGCCCAAGUGGCUAGCUCGUCGUUUAUGUUGAAUCGUUUUAAAAUGUAAAUUCCAAUGACUGAGUUAUUAAUUGGUUUGUGGACGAGCUGAGUUUGACUGUAAAGUUCGUGUCAUUGAUUGUGAGGGAAGAAGUCUAACGUUUUUGCGCUUCCGAACCCCAAACCAACGUUCAAUGGAUAAUGUAAGCUCAAUUCUUGAUCAUGGCCUAAUUGCAAUAAUUUCAAAACCAACUAGCGAGCUAACAUUAUAGCGAAAUGAAAAUAACCCAUAGCGUGAAAUGUAUCACCCAUUUCAUUAUAUUAACUAUUCGACUAUGUUAUGUAUUUGGAGCACAGUCAUAGUUGUAUUGGAUUUUUGUAGCGUUGGCAAACACUUGACGCGACAAUACAAAGACACAUUGCCUCUCUAGAUUGGCUACGUGGAUGGCAGAGGCCACCAGCAAGUAGUCAUGUAGCUUUGCUGAUCUCUGUAACACUUCUAUGAGAUUCACAGAAAGUUUUCUUUGCGUCUUUUUUACAAGUGUCCUGAUUUCCUAUUUUAGGCUAUAAUAUAAAAUAUACAGAGUUCCAGUGCUACAUUUAAUUAUAGUUUGCACCAACAACCAAGCACCUUAUGGUGCGGCGACAGACACCAAGACAUGGAUCUUUCCAAGGGUGGUUUCCCAAACGGUGAAGGAGGGCCGAGCGACAGUGGAGACCAUGCCUGGACAGACUCCCCCACUGCCAGGUCUUGGGCUCAUUCUGCGCCCUCAUGUCCUCGCUCUCUCUGGACAGCGGUCUACGACUAUGAGCCUAGCGGAGAAGACGAGCUCAGCCUACGGCGUGGGGACGUGGUGGAGGUGCUGUCCAAAGAUGCCGCAAUAUCGGGUGACGAAGGGUGGUGGACAGGCAAAAUCAACCACCGUGUCGGCAUCUUUCCUGCUAAUUAUGUUACCUUUCAACCUGCCAUUUACAGACUUCCCGCCGGUGGCUCGGUGGGGGUGCGAGAGCAAGUCCCGAGUGCCCCCGUGCAUAUCCCUUUUAGCGAACUAGUUUUAGAGGAAAUUAUUGGAGUUGGUGGUUUCGGUAAAGUUUACCGAGGAACAUGGAAGGACCAAGAGGUUGCAGUCAAAGCUGCUCGACAGGACCCCGAUGAAGACAUUGCUGCAACUGCAAACAGUGUUAAACAAGAGGCAAAGCUUUUUUCUAUGCUACAACACCCCACCAUCAUAACGCUUCAAGGGGUAUGUUUAGAAGAGCCGAACUUGUGUCUUGUCAUGGAAUAUGCUCGUGGUGGAACAUUGAACCGGGCCUUAGCAGGUAGAAAGAUACCCCCACACAUUCUUGUGAACUGGGCUGUUCAAAUCGCCAGAGGCAUGCACUAUCUUCAUGAAGAAGCAGUAGUCUCCAUCAUCCACCGAGACCUGAAAUCUUGUAACAUUUUAUUACUUGAAAAAAUAGAGAAUGAUUACAUUGGCCGGAAGACCCUGAAGAUCACAGACUUUGGCCUGGCACGAGAGUGGCACAAGACCACUAAGAUGAGCGCCGCAGGCACCUACUCCUGGAUGGCACCCGAGGUCAUCAAGUCAUCGCUCUUCUCAAAGGGCAGUGAUGUCUGGAGUUAUGGGGUUCUGCUGUGGGAGCUGCUCACUGGGGAGGUUCCCUACCGAGGGAUCGACGGGCUGGCGGUGGCCUACGGAGUGGCCGUGAACAAACUCACCCUCCCUAUCCCCUCCACCUGCCCCGAGCCCUUUGCUAAGCUCAUGGAAGAGUGUUGGGAACAGGACCCCCACAUCCGGCCAUCGUUCGCGUCCAUCCUGGAGCAGCUGACCGCCAUCGAGGAGGCUGUGAUGGCCACCAUGCCCCAGGACUCCUUCCACUCCAUGCAGGAGGACUGGAGAGUGGAGAUCCAGGAGAUGUUUGACGAGCUACGCACAAAGGAGAAGGAGCUGCACUCGCGUGAGGAGGAGCUGACGCGAUCGGCGCUCCAGCAGAAGUCUCACGAGGAGCUGCUGAAGCGACGGGAGCAGCAGCUGGCCGAGCGCGAGAUCAACGUGCUGGAGCGCGAGCUCAACAUCCUCAUCUUCCAGCUCAACAAGGACAAGCCCAACGUCAAGAAGAGGAAGGGCAAGUUCAAGCGCAGCCGACUCAAGCUCAAGGACGGCAACCGCAUCAGCCUCCCCUCAGACUUCCAACAUAAGAUCACAGUCCAGGCUUCGCCCUCCAUGGACAAGAGGCGGAGCCUCAAUAGCACCAGCACCAGUCCACCCAGCAGCCCCACCCUCAUCCCUCGCCUGCGUGCCAUCCAGCUCAGCACACUCACUGAGACAGUCCCCAGGGGCAGUUUGUUUGUGUACCACCAGGAUGUGGAUAUCACAAGCGAGUGCAGUCCCCCUAGUGGCUUUAGGAAGAAAGUGACGUUAGACGAGAGCAACAGGACCUGGGGACGGAGCACCAUCUACAAGCCGGAGGAGUUUGAGGACGUGAAGAAGGGCUUCAAGAAGAAGGGCCGCACGUGGGGGCCCAGCUCCGUCCAGACCAAAGAGAGGGGAAACUGUGCCGAGAGAAUUCGGCCCCUCUCUGAUGGGAAUAAUCCCUGGUCCACGAGCCUCCUGAAGUCACAGAAGCCUGUACCACUGGCAGCUCUGUUUGCAGAACAGGGCUCAGGUAAAGAGGAGGCCGGUCCCACCGACAGCCUGGAUGGCAAACCAAAGCAACUGAAGUUCCCCAGUCAGGUGUACAUCGAUCUACCUCUGUGGAAGGAUGACCAAGGCGAGGGGGGGGCGGCGACGUCCGCAAACGACAACCACGACGACCCGGGGACCUCGGCCAGCUCCACGGCCAGCACGACCCCGCAGCACACGCCCACCAACAGCCUGAAGCGCACCUCGGGCCGCCGGCGCCUGGACGCCAUCCUGCACAGCUGCGCCGCCAUGCUGGCGUCCGUGGCACUGGGCACGGACCUGCGGGAGGCUGCCAGAGCGUCCCCUAGUGACGAGCCAGAGGCUCGCGAGGAGAAGAAGAAGAGGGAGGGCCUGUUCCAGCGCGCCACACGCUUCCGACGCAGCACCAGCCCCCCCGGUAAUGGAGUUGCUGCUGGUGGUGGAGGAGGGGUGGGGUCCCGAAAAGAAGCGAUGGUGUCGUCCUCAUCAUCAUCAUCUUCAUCAUCUUCCUCUGGACCUGUGAACCUGCUCUCCAUGUCGGCCAUCUUGGAGUGCAACUCCACCAAGCACCCGCUGCCGUCUGACUCUGAAGGACCCGAGCCCGGCGCGGUGAUGGAGGCCGCGCCCGUCAGCCUGGCCAAGAUGGACGCCGCCGAACACACUUCCACCUCCCUGCUGAGGAGGAAGAAGAGCAACCCUGCUGUCACUCAAACAGCCAACGGUGUGUCCAGCACCCCCGGCACUGGUGUCCCCACCGCUACUAGCACCCCCUCCUCCUCCUCCUCCUCCUCGUCCCAGAAGAAGACUCGGGAGAAGCUGACCGAGCCGGAGUCGCCGACGACGACGGUCAUCUCCAGGCCGCGCCCGCUCUCCCUGCGCGGCCGGCCCCACGCCUGGGGGAUCCUGAAGGGCCGCAACAAGAGCUACUCGCUCGGCCACAGCUCGGGGGGGAAGAGCGCGCCGAACGUGGUGCUGGCCGGCGAGAUGAAGGUGGGCCGCUCGCUGCUGGACGUGGACACGGAGGGCCAGAAGCGCGACUCCACCGUUCCCCUCUGCCGCAUCCAGAGCGGGCCCAACCGGCCCUCCGUCUUCGAACUGGAGAAGGAGUUCCUCUCGUGAGGACAUAAGCUGCCUCUCCGACCUGUCUGUCUGCCUCUCCGCCUGUCUGUCUGCCUCUCAGUCUGUGUGUCUGCUGUUCACUCUCACACGCCUCAAGUGAGUGGAGGGCUUGACUAAACGUGAGCUCACUGCCAGACGAUGGCUCUCCAGUAUAUAGGGAAAGGCGCAUGGUGCGAGACAAAGCGUCCUAGAUGGACGUCUAUGGAGCGUCCUUCCCCCUCCUUCCAGACGUUCCAGUGGACUCGCCCUCACUCUCUCCCCCUUACAUCUAGCCCCCAGUGCACCAGCUGACUGGCCUUGCGUAGCAUCCUUUGGCUCAAUCACUGGAUCACCUGACGUCUGUUUGGAUUUGGGGUUGUACUUUGGUCGUCUCCAUACUGGCAUUCAGACCUCUGCUGCUGGAGUUCCCUUGUGGUACUUGUACCUUUUUUUUGUUUGUUUUUAUUUAUAUCUGUAUUUUAUUGCUUGGUAAUUUAAUAUGGAAAAAGACAUUUUAAAUAGUAGCUGAUGAAAUAUCAAUAUUCCAUUUUUGGGAGGCAAAUUGGCAACUUUCUUCCUUUGCAUGUCAUACGUCACACCCAAGAGCUGGGCAUUUAUGUAUGCUCCACAUUAUCGAACAAACCUCUUUUUUGUUUAUUUUUAUAAACAAGCCUGUUAUUGGGUACUUGUCACUACACUGAUGUGGUUUAUUUUCUGGUUUCAUUUAUUACUACAGUGUUCAUGUUAUUAAGCGUUGUACAUGGUGCCCGGGAGCGUUAGGCUGCGAUUGGCUGGGAGGGUUUUAGUUGGGCGUGACGAGCCAGUGUCAAGAGUAGCAGGAUUCCCAUUGGUUUUGACGACUUAAAAAAAUGCCUGUGAGCUUCCCCUCAGAAAUGGUAAUUUGUAACAGGUAGCAGUAGGACCUAGAAGGCUGUACUUCAGACUACGCAUGCUGUUUAUGAUUUUGAGGCUCGUUUGAAAUUAUUUUGAGGAAAGUCAUGCAAAAUCAAUGUAAGCCCUCAGAUUAGCAGCACGCAUGUGUGAUGUUGGUUGGUGAUUCCUUCUGUUGUGUGUGUUUUUUUUGUUUGUUUUUUUUGGGUCGUAGGCACCAUGUGAAGUAUUGACUUAAUAACAAAUUGCUAAAAAAGCAUUUUAAAGUACCAUCUGUUUGCAAAAAAAGCUGCACAUAAGAACUGUGUUAGACAGGCAUCCUUUUUUUUUGUACACACACAUGCACACACACAAGGGUGGUUCUGUGAGAAGAAGGUGUUUUGGCAGUCGUCUUGUGUUAGGGUUGUUAUGGUGGGUGUUCAGGACAUAGCACCUUUUUAUUACAUGAUGUUUGUGCAUCUCUACUGUUAUUAAGAGUCUUAGCACAUGAAAACAAUUGCACACAUUAACUGAACACACUGGAGUUUGGCCUGUCAUUACAAAGACUUUAAACGUAAACUUCUCAUGCUUUGUACUGUAAUUUCCCUUUUGGCACAAAUGAAUCAAAUGUCUUGAAAUUGUUUUAAUGUGAACAAAUAAUUGUCUUUGUUUUUUAAAUCAACGGCCUCGUUUUUGAUGUACUCAAUAGAUAUGUAAUUAUUUGGCACUUGUGCGAAGAUUCUGUUUAAAAGUGAUCAGAAAUCCGUGCAUGGUCACCACAGCUACUGUUUACACAACUGAAUGGCAUUGAAGAAAUAAUAAUAAUAAUAAUAAUAAUAAUAAUAGAUUGGUGUCCUUAUCAAAUGCACAGUAAAUGUUAACUACAUUCCAGAACAUUCCUGCCACUUCCUGGAUGUCACUGAUUGGCUGUUCACUGCCAUGACCUCUUCUCAGAAUGCUGCUCCAAGGAUCAAUCACUAGUGCUUCCUUCAUCCUGCCGCUGAUAUUUUCUCAGUCUGAGAUGGGCUCUUUUACUUGUUCCUCUGUCUUCCCAAUGGCUCUGUAUUUAAAUGGUGUAAUUGGUAUUCCUGAGGUCUAUUAGUAAAAGUAUGGUAUGAGGUACAGAGAGCUGUUGAAUGUUUAUGUGGGAUUGGAGUUUCAUCUUUUUCCAGAAGUCCAUGUUUUUCAUCAGGUUUCUGCAUUUAAAUGUGGUAUAAAGCAAUAAUGUGAUUCACUGGAAAAAGUGAUAAUUCUGUCCUUUUUAAAUGUUUCAAUCUUGCAUCCAGCUGCCCUGAAUUGUACACCACAUGAGACCAAUUGAUAAAAGCAGUUGCUUUGAAAGUGUAGUGUAAUGCUUAGUUUGAUGAAAUUACAUUUUUUUUUUUUGUAUGCGUUUGUGGGAAGCAACUGAUGCAUGCACCUCAGUCUGUAAAGAAGAUUGACCAGGGUGCUUCACAUUUCUCUCGCCGAAUUAAAGACUUUGUCACUGGGGGGUGGUAUCCAGUAUCCAGUAUCCAGCCUCAGAGAUAUGUUCUAGUCAGAAGAGCACAAGCUUCCCUGCCUUCACUGGUAGGGCCUUCAGUGUUGGAGUGCCUUUUGCUGAGCUUCUGAUGGACACUGAUGGACACAGGAAACUGAGGAUGGAGACCUUCCCUGAUUUGAUGGAUAGAGUUGAAGGGACCAAACAACUGCUCCUGCAUUCCUGCAUUUUCACCAAAGCUUACACCUAGUGCAAGGGGGAGUUGUUGUUUUUUUUGUGUUUGUUUUUUAAACCAACCCUUGGUUUCAUGAAAUAAUUAUCUAAAACAUCAAAUUGACGAAAAUGUGUAUUUCAUAGAAAAUGUAAAUGUGUUACAUAGCAAAUACAUGUACAUAGCUUUGCAUGUGCUUUUACUAGUAUUGUGUGUCAGUGGACACCCAACUGUAAAUUAAUGGUGCAUGGAUAGUUAAUGGAUCGGAAUCUUCUAUCCCGACACACCGAAAUGUGACUCACUCAAACGGAUCUCACAAGACAUGUGUUACAUGGUCAGGUGUUGAAGCUAAAGUUUGGCUAGAACUGGUCUUGCAGUUUAUUUUAUGUGACUACAUGCUCAUUCUGAUUGGAUGGUCGUUCUGAAAGACCCAUUACACACAUUAUCUGUUACCAUCAAUGGUACUUCAGCAUUGUAUUUCUGAAACAAUCACCGUUGAAAAUAUGAUAUUUUGUGAUUUGUUGAGAUUUUGAAAUCAGUGGCUCUGUUUAUACUUCACAAUAUAAUCUAUUUUGAUAAAUGGAUGAUUAGCAGAAAUAGCCACAAGGUGAACUGUUCUCGUAAACCUGGUUGUUUAAAUGACAAUGACAAUAUUUGACAAUAUUUUUAUGAAUUGUAGAUUCUAUUUGAUGUCUGAACUUUCAGGGUAUUGUUUGCUUACAUAAAGCAACUCCAAUAAAGAUCCACACAUUUUUUUCAAAA